AUGCGCGCUCUCCUGGCUAGCCGCUGCCCCCUCCUCAUCGUGCGCGCUUCCCCGGCUUGGGCGGAGCUGCCGGGAGAGGAGACGGGGUGGGGUGGGGGAUAGACCAAGGGGGAGGCGCAGAGGGGUGUUGCCUUCCCCCCCCCCACGUCCCGCACCGACGCCCGGCUUGGGGAAACGGAGGGUCACGUGGCCGGUACAAUGGGGCAUUCUUGACGCGCGCGCUCCAGCUCACCAUCAUCUGGUUCCAGGGCGCCUCAGCGACCAGGGCGGAGGCUGGCCCACCACCAGGGCGCACGGGGUGGGGUGGCAAAUGGGGAGGGCCUCGGGCAGCUGAAGGCCUGGGGCAGGCGGGGUGGGCGCGCGGCGGAGCCCGGCCGUUCUCUGCACAAGAACAGGCUGAGAGGAAGCUCUCGGGCAUGCAUUGGCACCGGCGAUGCCCCAUGGUAAUUAUAGACUUAAUAGACUAUAAUAGUCGCCGCCUUUUGGGUAAUCAUCAUGUCUAUUAUUAGCUCACCUACUUCAAGAGACGUUAGCCCUGCUAUGGGGGGGGUACUCCUCAUUUUGUUGACGAGGAGCCCCCCCCCCCGGAUUUCUACCGCAGAGUCCUGCCUUCAGGGCAUCAAUGACUGGCAGGCCCAUUCUGGAGCGCGCUUUUUUUUUAGUUGCAUUUGACUGCACUGUGGGAAAUGUUGGCCAAUUCGUGAAAAAUAAAUAUUUUUUUAAAACGCGCAUAUGUGUCUACAUCUUAGUGUCUGGGCCACGGAGCAAUUGCAAUUAGUUAAUUAUCCGUUUGUUUGUUUUUUAAAAAAAGCUUCUCAAAUCCUUGCUUUUCUUCCAACACAGGACAUGCAGUUUGCAUGUGGGAACUGAAGCUUUGAUUUUCACUUGGGCAGCGAUAGGAUUCUUGGAAAGCACAUGUGUCAGUGAGUUAUGAACCUUAUAUAAGCAUUUGUGCAGAAAUAAAACUGCUUGCACUUUUGCAAAGCUAAGCCGGCCCGGUAUGGUUGCAAUACAGCAUGUUGAGUUUCCUACAUUGCAGGGUGUUGAAUUAGAUUACCCUUGGGGGUCCUUUCCAACUCUAUGAUUCUAUUGUGAACGUAAAAUCUUUUUAAAAAAAUUAUCUGAGAAAAACAUGAGUGGCCACUAUCACUAGUGCAAUCUCUUAGAGUCAAUGUAAGUUACCCUGACAGAUGGGGCAAUUAAAACAUGCCUUAAAUUUGGAACUAGGCAUGUUUAUCACUAACUGGGCUAUCUUGGGAGAGAGCCAGGGAGACUUAUUCCAUGUACCAGGAAAGAGUACAGUACUAUACGUAUGUUAUAUAGCCUUGCCCUCUCAGGCCAGAGCAGGAAACAGUUACAAGUACUUAAUUCUAGGCAUGCAAUAGUGAGGGACAAACUACACAUUACAUCCACAUGUGUAUAACAAAGCUCAUAACUAGUAUUCCAGGGCAUACUGCCUCUGACAGUAAAGGUAGAAUAUAGCUAGUAGCCAUUGAUAGUCAUAUCGCCCAUGAAUUUAAAGCCAUACAAGUUGGCAGCCAUCAGUAUAUCCUGUGGGAUCAAAUUCUAUAGUUUAACUUUGUGCUAUGUGAAGAAACACAUUCUUUUGUCUCUCCUGAAUCUUUCACCAUUCAGCUUCAUGGCCCUGGGUUCUAGUAUUAUCAGGGAGAAAAACCUCUUCCUAGCUAUCUUAUCCACACAGUGUAUAAUAUUUCACACCUAUCACACAGACACCCCUCCCCCCCCAUUAAGAAUCCCCUUGAUCAUUUUGGUUGCCCUUUUCUGAACCUUUUCCAGCUCUUAAAGUUUUCCUUUUUUAGGUAAGACAAUCAUAAUGGAACAUGGUAUCCCAAGUUGUGGCCAUGCCAUCGAUUUGUAUAACAGCAUUAUAAUUCUGGCAAUUGUAUUUUCAAUCCCUUUCCUAAUGAUUUCCAAGAUGGAAUUGGUCUUUUUCAGAGCUGCUGCAUACUAGGUCAACAUUCUGACCUUGAAUUCUACAGCGGAUAAAACACAUCCUCAAUUCCCUAUAUUACCAGUUUGGGAUGAAAUGUCACACAGCCCCUAAAUCCCCUCCCCUGCCUUGUUAAGUAUGGCUCUCAGUCUGUGACCCAUCGUAUUUUCUAGAGAUGUAAUUUUCCAACUCUGCUUCAUGAAGCUCUGGUGUUAAUGCGGAAAUAUCACCAUGCUUUUAAUAAGAAGAAAAUCAGUAAUGAAACAAAACCUGGAUCACUUCCCUGGAUCACUUGCCAGACUACUAGUCUUCCCCUGCAAUACAUUACCAUAAGGGAGUGUUGAAUGUGUUCAGCAGUGCACAUUCAUGAGUGACAGUAGUGAAACCCAAGAUGCCUAGUCACUAUUUCAUGUGAAUUGAGUGUAUGGACAUGCCUCAUUAAUAUCUGCAAUGUGUGUAGAGAUUAUCUGGUAGACAACAUUAAGUAGGGAUAAAUGUUCCCAGAAGGUAUAUGGUUUGAAAUCCUCUGUUCAGUAGAAGGUAACCAAUUACUGUCAUGUGGAGAGAUUGUGAUUGGGCCUCUGAGCAAAAAAGUUGCACAUCGCAUGUAAAGGUCCUUUUUCAACACUUCAUUUACAUUCACUGUGCAAGAGCAACCCAUCAUCCCACUGCUUGGUUCAUUGGUCAGGAGAGUUUGCCACUGUAACCAUCAUAAUGACAGAAAAGGGAGAUAAGAACGAAAUAGAAUCACAGAGCAUCAUGCCUUCAGUGUUAGCCAAAAUCAUUGAUCUUAGUUCUGUAACUCAAGGAGAAAGCAAUAGUAGCAGUGCUGAACAGUGUUUGUUUAUUUUAUUUAUUAAUUUAUUAAACUUAUUAGUUGCUUGUCACCCCAAGUAACUUACAGCAAUGUUAGUGUGUAUGUAUACAUAAACACACACACACACAGAGAGAGAGAGAGAGAGAGAGAGAGAGAGAGAAAUACACACUGCCAUAAGGGAAAGGGGGGAAAUCAUACAUCAAUAUAUUGUCUAAAAGAGCUUUCCAAACUUUUCAUAUUGGUGACACACUUUUUUGACAUGCAUCGUUUCGUGACACAUUAAUUCAUUUUUACUAGCAAACUGGAAGUUAAACUAACCCAUGCUUCCACAAACUCAGGCCUCCAGAUGUUUUUGGCUUACAACUCCCAUGAUCCUUAGCUAGCAGGACCAGUGGUCAGGGAUGAUUGGAACUGUAGUCUCAAAACAUUUGGAGGGAUGAGUUUGAGGAAGCCUGAACCAACCCUUUUGCUGUGGUCUAAACCAAUGAGCCUCUUGGGAUUGCUGAUCAGAAGGUCAGCAGUUUAAAUCCGCAUGACGGGGUGAGCUCCUGUUGCUCUGUCCCAGCUUCUGCCAAACUAGCAGUUCGAAAGCACACCAGUAAAAGUAGAUAAAUAGGUACUGCUUUGGCAGGAAGGUAAACGGCAUUUCUGUGUGCUCUGGCUUCCUUCAGUGUUCUGUUGUACCAGAAGUGGGCCACAUGACCCAGAAAGCUGUCUGUGGACAAACGCCGGCUCCCUUGGCCUGAAAGGGAGAUGAAUGCCACAACCCCAUAGUCGCCUUUAACUGGACUUAACUGUCCAGGGGUCCUUUACCUUUUUUUUACCAGCCUUAGGAGCAGCAUGGGGAGCAUUUGCCUGACACACCUACAUACUGCAGCCGACACACGUAACAGUUUGGAAAGCUCAGUUCUAACAUAACAUUUAUGGGGGGGGGAGAACCACCUGCCUUAUAAAUAAUAACAAACAACAUUAACUAUACUUUAAUAAUAAACAAACAAUACUCCCUCCCACUAAUUAGCAGAUAAAGAACUAUUUUUCCCCUUGGAAAUUCCCCACCUGGAAGUCUGUUAGUCUGUUAUCAGGCCAGCUGUUGCAAAUUGGAAGUGGGUGGGUACACCCUCCUCUUCCAAGGCAUGAUCCUGCAUCUCCUCUCUCUCCAGGAGGGAGCAGUAGCAAGGCAAAACAGGAAACUAGUAGCAAAAGUUUUACCUGGUUUACAGUUUGUCUGGCUACUGCUUCCCUCCUGCUGUUGGGGCUGGGGGUGUUGUCCACCCUUAAUUUAGAACAGCAAAGGAAGGGGAAUCAAGGAAACUGAAAUAAAAAGUCACCUUUUGGUCUUGGUUUUUGUGUUCCCAAAAUAAAAGGCCCCAGAAACUCUGUUCUCUGCUAGUACAAUGCAGUAUAAAGAUUCAUAAUUCGCUUCUCUAGCAAAGCCUGCAAGAAGCAAAGUACAAAAGGUUAUAAUGCUAUAUGCACAUGGAAGAAAGUCUAAAUUGAACUUCAGGACUUGCAUAGCAAUCCUAGGCAUGUCUAUUAGAAACAAAUACUCUUGUUCAGAGAUUUUGUGUAGACUUCAACUGAUAUUAUUUUAUAUCUUUGUUACAAAUUUUAUGAGUUCCCUGCUUUUUGCCAAGGUGGAAUUUCAAACUGACUGUAGCACUUUAAAAAAGCUGCACUUAAGUCCCAUUGAAAUUAACAGGUCUCAAGUUAGUCACAAUCACAACUGAUUUCAACAGGAUUUAAACUGGAUUAUGACACCUGGAGAGGACUGCUGUGGAUUUCAGAAUUCUACAGAAGACAGAAUUAUUUCCCCAUAACUACUUGCCUCAAUAGCACAUGGGGCUGAACGUCUUUUACUUGCAGUAAGUGGGACCCGCAACGAAAUAUUGCAGGCUGGAGUGCUCCUAUAAAGAGUCCUAUAAAGAGUCCAGCCAUCUAGCUAUGCCUUCUUUGAGUAUACUUCAUCCCAUCCCUCCAUUUUUCUGUUGGUUCUUCCAUACACACACCUCAGUCUUUGUUGAGCUGUCUUUGGUUCCCCCCAACCCUUUGGUUCCCCACCUCUCAAGCCUGCUGAUACCCCUUCCUUGUUUGUGUGAGGUGCUAUUUUGCCUACAUAAGGAUUCAUGCUUAGUGAAUGAAUUCACUCUUAGUAUGUAGCAUAUUGUAGUAUGUACAGCAAGAACCACUGUCUGAUUAGAUCUUAUGAAAGGGAAAUUGCCAUGGUCCAUUUAUUAAGAUGUUUUGCUUCAGCAGCCACUACUGUUGCAGAGUAAAUAAAACAGAGCUCAGGAAAACUCAGUACUUUGGCAGUGUUCAAUGGGGUAAGACAGGCAGGGACAGGAGAAGACAUUCUUUGAUCUGAGAAUGGGGGUAUAACGUUAAGAAGAAUGUUCUUAUCGGUGAAGUGUUAGGUGGUGUGCCACUGCAUCUGGUCAUCCUAGCUGAAAUUCAAAGCUAUCUACAAGUAAAAUAUGUGCAAAAUGCUGCCUUUUUAAAGGAAACAUAGCAAUUCUUAGAAAAACAUGGAAGCAAAUACACACUUCCAGAAGCAAACCCUUGCAGAGUAACAGCGGCAUGGGUUUGCUCACAAAGAAUUAUCUGUGAUAAGCAAAGGUCAAAGACAUUCACCUUUGCAUGAAAUAUUUCAUCCCUACAAAACGUAACUGUAAAAAGAGGAAGGCAAAACAGCCAGCUUUAUUAAUUUUGUAAGAUCAGCAGCUGAGGAACAGCAUUCUGUGGCCAUAAUUCAACUAAGCAGUGAGAAUGAUAAUUUAACUUGAGAGUGAUACAACUGAAAACAUGGCUUUUGCAAGAGUAGGCAGGAAAUAAUGUUGAAGAUGGAACUGUACCACUUCUACCAGUCAGGCUUAUCUGCUAAUAGUAGGCUUUUACAAGCAGGAAGAAAAGGUGUAAGUGACCAGAACAUAAGAUUCAGGUAGGUAGCCGUGUUGGUCUGAAGCAGUUGAAAGAAAUAAUUUUUUUAAAAAAUUGUCCAGUAGCACUUUAGAGACCAACUAAGUUUGUUCUGGGUAUAAGCUUUCAUGUGCAUGCACACUUCUUCAGAACAACAAGAAUCAUGUUACCUCAGUUUUGAGAAAAUUAGCAAUCAAAUUUUUGCCAAACUUACAUCAAAGUAUUUCCAUUAUUGUAAAUAUGAAGGUCGCUUCAGGCAUGACUUUCCCCUCCUACAUGGAGUUAAGACAAAUAUUUUGUGUGAAGUGGCCAUUAUAGUAAGGACAGGUCUACGGAAACAGGAGAGUCAAGAAUUGAGGCUUACUGCAGCAGACACAGGAGGAGGGGGACAAUUAUCUGGUAAAAAAAAUGAAGAAAGACUGGGAGCCCCAGAGGAGGUUGGGACAGUUUGGGAAGGUGGAGUCAAAACACAUUUCCUCCUCUCUUUCGGGCAUGGUCUGCGAUUUUAUGCUCUAUGUCCAAGCACUCUUUUUUGCUCCAUAACUUUCCCCAUGAAAACCAGCUCUUUUAAAGCUCAAUCAGAGCAAGUAUCCAUCUGUGGGAAAUCUUAAUUGAUGCUUGCUCUGAUUCAGCUUUAAAGAGUAUGUUUUGGGAGGAAAGCCUGGAACAAAAAAACCCUACCAUGCUCAGACAUGGAGUGUUGAAACACAAACCUCUGCCUGGAAAGAGUGGGGGGAAAGGUAAGCAAGUGUGGCCAAGCCCACAGUCUGGUGACUCGGGAGUGGAGGCAGCACCAACUAUGGCAUGUUCUUGACAGAAUCUAGCAGGACCUGGUGCAUCCCAGGUGGAGCCAACAAAAUUUGGAGUUCACCGAGUUUUCAGACCUGUGAUGAUAACCUGAGAAAGGGCCAACUCCAGGUUUGAGGGGGCCAUCAGUAAAAUGCCCUCCUUUGUGUUGGUUUCUGAUUUCCCUCACUGAGCAGCAACUGCAGUCACAAGACAUUGUUUUACAUUCCACAGUCUGUACUGUUGGAGUUUCUCACGGGAAAGGGAGACUGGAUGUGACGUACACUGGUUUCCUGUUUUUUCACUGUGUGAUUCUCUCCGAGCUGAGAGAGGAGAGAGGAUGCAUUUUCUGCUCCUGCAGAGGCAAGAUGUCUUUCUGUAAUAUACCAGCUUUGAACUGUAAAUAAAGCAAUAUAGAGUAUGUAGCACGUAUUCUUCAUCCUUCCGCUGGCCACGAGGCUCUGCUUUAAAUCAACACGUGGUUAUGGGCUCCAGAGGUCGAAUCGGAGUGCCGGCAAAGGAUCGGAAUGCAGAGGAACAGAUCGCAACGGAAUCUGCUCUGCGCGUAGAAGUGAUUGAUGAGGUAUGUGCUACUGCUCCGGGCAGCCUGCCAGCUUCAAGUUAAUGGCUUUAUGGCUGGACUUUGAACUUUUAAAGCCGGUUUUGCCGGGAAUAGGCAAAAGGCUCCCAGGCACAAGUCACUAUGCUGGGGAAAUCGAAAGUAACUUUUAAGUGUGCCUUUGUAAUGAGGCAGCUGCAGCAGUGACGCAGCAAGAUUUAAAGCAGCAUAUGACGCUGAAGGCUAAUGCCAGAGUCAUGAUGGCCCUUCAGGAUGCUUGUGGGAUUCCUAAGCUCAACAAGAAAAAUUACAGCGACUGGGUUCAGUAUGCAGAGGCAAUUCUGCGGAAAGAGGGUUUGUUUGAGGUGAUUACAGAAACCCCCCCAGUUCCAGUUACAGAUGCAUGGGAAGCUAAGGAUUCCAAAGCAAGGGAACUCUUACAUUGAUAGUAUCCCCAGAAGAGCUCUGUCUAUUGCGUGAUAAGACCUCAGCCAGAGAAAUUUGGGACGCUCUGAGAGAGGCUCAUUUAAGGACAGAAGCUGGAUCCACUAUGUUUUAUUUUAACAAGCUGCAUAAUAUGGCUCUUGCUGAAGGUGGAGAUGUGCGUUUACAUCUGAUGGAGAUGCAAAAUCUGAGACAUGAGCUGCAACAGAGAGGACUCAACUUUCCAGAGGCUGUGUAUUCUUUCAUGAUACUACAAUCUUUGGGUUCAGGUUGGGAGUCUGUUGCAACCCAGAUUGCUGUGCAACCAACUGCUCAGCUGACAGUGGACUUUGUUACUGCCGUGAUUUUAAAUGAAGCAGAUCGCCGGGGUGCUAGCUGCAUGGGCAAGGGAGUCUUCACAGACGUCAUCCCAUAGUGCAGUGGAACCACCAGAUGGCGCCAAAGCUUUGAAGGCAGUGAAAUGCUACUCGUGUGGACGUCUAGGCCAUAUGAAGAGGGAAUGCAGACAUCCCAGGGCCAAGACAGAGCAGCGCAGCGAAGCUCAUCGCGCGGAAAAGGCCGAGGCAAAGGCAAAGGUCCGGUGUCUAGGACAACGCAGCACAAGGCUAUGGUUUCACGCUUCACUCCAAAGGUUGCAGAGGUCCAGAAGACGUCUAGAUCUUUCUUCGUUGUUGAUUCAGCGGCCACCCACCACAUGUGCAACGAUAAGAAACUGUUUGUGUCUUUUACACCGCAGGAAGGUGCGAUUCACCAGGCGGAUGACCACACUAUUCCCAGUAAAGGCUACGGAACUGUUGUUCUUCACAGUUUGGACUUAUCGAUACAGAAUGUGCUUUACGUGCCAGACGCCAAACAUAAUCUGCUCAGCGUUGGACAGCUGAAUGAGCGGAACAUUGACGUUUCCUUCAAGAACAAGAAGUGCAUCAUCACAAAGAAAAAUGAUUAUGUAUUGCAUGCAGAAUAUGUUGAUCAUUUGUUUGUUUUGUAUUAUGAUGAUGUGGUGCAGGAUGACACUUGUUGCAUUGCAGGUUCUAACAAAAGUUUGCAUGCAGAAUGUAUUCACGAUUUUCAUCGCAAAUUUGGUCAUUUGCAUUUUGAGGCAGUAUCUAAAAUGCCUGCCUUGGUUGAAGGUAUGACUAUUAAACCCUGCAGGUACCACAUGAAGUGCAAAGCAUGCGCAGCAAACAAGGUGAAAAUGGCUGCGAAAGGUAAGGUGUCUAGUAGGAAAGCUACAGAACCAUACCAGGUUGUUCAUGCUGAUUUGGUUGGACCACUAUCGCCCUCUUUGGGUGGAAAUAGAUACUUCAUGGUUCUCAUUGAUGCAUUUUCUAGAUAUAUUUUUGUGUACAAUCUCAAGCAGAAAUCGGAGGCUUUUCCUAGGUUCAAGGAAUUCUGUGCUUGGUUGGAAAAUGUGCAUGGUAAGAAGAUAAAGACUCUUUUCAGUGAUCGCGGGGGAAUUCACUUCUCAGCAGUUUGAAGCUUUUCUGACUGAGAAAGGAAUUCUACUCGAUUUGUGUAGUCCUCGCUCGCCAUGGCAGAAUGGACUUGCGGAGCAGGCAAAUCAGACAUUGCUUCAAGGAUUAAAAACCUUGCUGCAUGAUGCCAAUCUUCCAGAGAGUUAUUGGGCCGAAUCUCUCUCGUGUUUUGUUUACAGUUACAAUCGCAGGCUAUCUUCAGCGAUUGGUUGUACCCCCUAUGAGAAGAUGUUUGGCAAGAAGCCAUACAUCAAACACAUGAAGAUUUUGGUUCUGACAUGUGGGUUCACUCACCACAAAACUCCAAGUUAGACAAGCGUGGAUUGCAUGGUAUCUUUCUAGGUUAUCAGAAAGGGUCUUACAGAAUAAUGAUGACUGACUCUAAGACAAUUAAGCUCACGGGAAGUGUUGGGUACAAUGCUAAGUGGGGGGAGAAUGUGGGAAUUUUCCAAUGUUAUCCUGAUGACGGUGAUGAGACUGAGGAUAGUCAAAAGCAACCACAACAGCCCACACCCACUGAUGAAGGUUCUGAGUCUGAAUCUGAAACUGAAUCGGGUGAUUCAGAGGAUUUCGAGAGUGCGAAAGCCUCUAUGCGACCCUCUGAAAGCUCUGAUCAAGAAUUGGAGGAACCAUUGUUCACAAUAGGUCGUUUUUCUCCUAAGAAGGAAGAGGAGAGUGUUGAAGACUUAAGGCUAAUUCGUAGGUCACAGAGAGCCACAAAAGGCAAACCUCCAAAGAGAUUUGCUGAUGAGUUUGCUAAGAUAGCAGUAACAGCUGUUAAAAGCUCCAAGAAGGUAUUUGAACCUUCAAGUUUCCAAGAAAUCCAGGGUUUGGAUUCAAAGGAAGCUGAGCCAUGGUUAAAUGCCAUGAAGGCUGAGCUUGAUUCCUUAGAAAGGAACAAAACAUGGGAGCUAGUUCCAGUAGUUCCAGGAAUGAAACUGCUUGGAAGCAAAUGGGUCUUCAAAGCGAAGACAGAUCAAAAUGGCAAGAUAGUCAGACACAAAGCCAGAUUGGUAGCCAGAGGUUUUGCACAGGUACCAGGUGAAGACUAUCACGAGACCUAUUCACCCACAGUGAGAUAUGAAAGCAUUAGGCUUAUGCUUAAGCUAGCUGCAGAGGAAAAUCUACACAUUAGUCACCAUGAUAUUAAUACAGCUUUUCUGUACGGAUCUCUAGAUGAAUCACUUUAUAUGCUUCCACCUGAUGGCGUACAGGUAAAACAGGGAUUUGUUUGUGCUCUGAAGAAAUCCCUUUAUGGUCUCAAACAAAGUGCACGGUGUUGGCACACAAAACUCACUGAAGUAUUGUUUUCUCUAGGUUUUCAGCAAGGGAAAGCUGAUCCAUGUGUAUUUGUCAAAGAGGAGGGGCAAAAGAAACUGUACUGUUUGUUUUAUGUUGAUGAUUUAUUAUUCUUUUGGAAAGAUGUUGCAAUGUACAAUAGCGCCCUAGCUCAACUGAAAGAGCACUUUGACAUGAAAGAUCUUGGUGAGGUAAACAACUACCUAUCUCUGGAAAUAGAGAGAGAUCAAGAUGGUAACAUUCUAGUACACCAGUCACGGAAAAUUGCUGAUGUGUUAAGCAAACUAAAUCUGAUGGAUGCUAACCCUGUAGACACACCGAUGACAACAGGUUAUCAGGUAGAUGACACUGAAGAAGCAUUUUCUGACACUACACUGUACAGGAGUGUGCUAGGCAAGCUAAACUUCAUUGCCAGAUGUUCAAGACCAGACAUUGCUGUUAGCUGUAAUUUGCUAAGCAGACAAGUCAACAAUCCUAGUGUCAAGGAUUGGAAAGCUCUGAAACGCAUAGCGCGGUAUUUGAAAGGCACUAUGCAUUACAGACUGAGAUUUAACAAUCAGAAGUCUGGUGGUCUUGAGAUAUUUGCAGAUGCAAGUUUUGGAAGUGACACUACAGACAGGAAAAGUACGUCUGGAGUUUGCUAUAUGUACAAUCAGAGUCUGUUUGAUUGGUCAUGCAAGAAGCAAACAACAGUUAGCUUAAGUACUUGUGAAGCUGAACUGAAUGCACUGUCUUAUUCACUUAAGGAUUGUGAAUGGUUAGUACAAUUGUGCAAAGAUAUGAAAAUUCCUGUCAAAUGUCCAAUCCAGGUUUACCAGGACAACAAAGCAUGUUUGGCUUUGCUGAAGUCUGAAGGUUGUAAGCAAAGCACAAAGCACUUGCAAUUAAAGUUGCAGCAUGCUAGGGAAUGUAUUCAGAAGGGACUCGUAACGGUGUCCUAUAUGCCAGGUAAUGAAAUUCCUGCUGAUGUAUUGUCCAAGAUUGUAUCAAGGGAUCAACACUGUACCUAUGUGCAGAAGUUGGGUUUGUACUGAUAUUGUACGAACACGCUGCCCAGUGAUGUUCACAGAAAGGGGGAGGAUGUUGGUUUCUGAUUUCCCUCACUGAGCAGCAACUGCAGUCACAAGACAUUGUUUUACAUUCCACAGUCUGUACUGUUGGAGUUUCUCACGGGAAAGGGAGACUGGAUGUGACGUACACUGGUUUCCUGUUUUUUCACUGUGUGAUUCUCUCCGAGCUGAGAGAGGAGAGAGGAUGCAUUUUCUGCUCCUGCAGAGGCAAGAUGUCUUUCUGUAAUAUACCAGCAUUGAACUGUAAAUAAAGCAAUAUAGAGUAUGUAGCACGUAUUCUUCAUCCUUCCGCUGGCCACGAGGCUCUGCUUUAAAUCAACACUUUGGACCCCCUCCUCUAUUGCUGGGCCCUGGUGGCAGCAGCAGAAGAUCUACAAUCAGUGCUGUUAUUUUUGAACUGCCAUUCUAAUUUCCAUGAUAUCCCUGACACAGCAUCACACCAGGGCAUCAUGGGAAAUUUAGCUCCCAGAACUAGCCAUCCACUGUGGAGGCACAGGGCAGGAGUUGCCACAAAAGUGCUCAAGGAUGCUCUGUACUGUACUGAUGCUGGGCCUGACCUGAAAAGUUGCAAGUACAGUAUUGGGGAUAUCACUGUGAGGUGGGUAUGGGGUAACCUACAAUUACUUUGUUUCCCACUGUGUUGGGAAGUCAAGGUGUAGUGUAGAAGUGAUAGCAACCUCAUGAACCUAGACAAAAGUAUGUAGGCAUUUUCCUUUGCAAGUUGCCAUACAGGCAUCCAAGGAUUCAACCACUGAGUAAAGGAAUAAAGGAAUUGAUGAAAGCAUUGCCAACACUUGGGGCAUAUUUGGGACAAAGCAAGAUAUGAUGGGGAGUGACGCAAGUGGCGUAAGUGACGCAGAGCCUAGGACCUGCUGAUCAGAAGGUCGGCAGUUCGAAUCCCCAUGAUGGGGUGAGCUCCCGUUGCUCAGUGCCUGCUCCUGCCCACCUAGCAGUUCGAAAGCACACCAAAAAAUGCAAAUAGAUAAAUAGGUACCGCUCCGGCGGGAAGGUAAACGGCGUUUCCGUGCGCUGCUCUGGUUCGCCAGAAGCGGCUUAGUCAUGCUGAUCACAUGACCCUGAUGCUGUACGCCGGCUCCCUCGGCCAAUAAAGCGAGAUGAGCACCGCAACCCCAGAGUCGGCCACGACUGGACCUAAGUGUCAGGGGUCCCUUUACCUUUACCUAAGGUAUGAUGGGGGGGGGCGAGUGGGUCUGAAUCACCAUGCUAGGUUUUAAUCCAUUUUUGUUUGAGAAGCGCCAGUUUAUACAAGAGUACACCAUGUAGCACAAAUGCAAAAUUUAUAAAAGUGUAUUGAAUAUCAAAGGCCAUGAUGUGCAGAUAGAGGACAAAGUCAUCCUCCCUGUGAAGGUUACUAGUUUUUUUUUAUUAUAAGUUUUAUAAAUUAUAAGUUUAAACACUUAAUGCUCCAUGUACCAAGGAUGAGACUGAUGUAAUUUGAAGUCACUGACCUGGAGCCUUGGCUAUGGUUUCUCAAAGCAGCAAUAAGUCCCAAGAUUUUCUGUCUGAGAACCAGAAACAUUUUUAACCUAGAUUAAUCAUUCUAAGCUUAAACAAACUGAGGGCCCUCUUGCCGUACAGGCAGACUGGGGAGUCAGAUUGGGUGACCCAUUUCAAGGUGUGCCUGUCAUGAUGGAAGCAACAUAAAAAAAGUUUGGUCCUGACUCUGCUCAUUAAUCAGGGACUGAAUGGGGGAUAUGUAAGCAGACUGAAAAGUUCAGCUUGUCAUCUUGACUCAGAUUUAUUUAUUUUAAAACUGCUUUUGAUUUCAAAAACCAUCAUGCAGAAUUUGGUUAUGCAAUCUUAAGAAGUAUCCAAAUGCAAACAAACAAGUUUCCAAAAUAUACGACAGAUUUUGUUGCACUUAGUUUUUAGUCUUUGCAACAUCCCUAAGAAAAGGAAUCGUUGAAAGGUAGGAUUACAUUAAGUAAUUUUAAAAACAUAUCUGGUGAUCACACAGAGUGCCUUUUUCUCUUCAACUUAUUUUGGUGGUGGUGGUGGUGGUGGUUGUUAUUAUUAUUAUUAUUAUUAUUACUACUACUACUACUAUUACUGGAACACCCAAAAACUUACAGCUUUACAUAAUUUGUUGGCUAUAGGUGCCAUGGUUCAUGUGUCAGGUGCUGCAAGAGUAUGGGCCAGCGGCAAUUUUGAAUCAGGACUUCUGCAGGCCAUGUGUAUAUCUAUCCAAAGUCUUUCCCAUUCCAGACUACCGGUAUAUGUCAUCCAAAUGAAAUCUGCCAUUAGUCUUGGCUUUCCAGUGAAUUUUGUGGCCUGUUUGAACUUGGAAUAACUUCCCACUUCCAUGAUUUGUAGUCAUUAUUACUAACAUGCAUUAGAAUCCCCGCUUCAUCUAUAUUAAGCAUGGAUCUAAAAGAGUGAGGGAAAUCCUCUUUUAAGCAGCCCUUGAGCACUCUGCACUGUAACAGCACAGCUAAAAAUCGCCAAGGAGUAACUAAUCCACUUUAAGUGAUCUUGUAUUUGUUCCUCAAGGGUAUUUAAGAUUGCCACUAUAACUGCAAAUAGGCUGGGUGCCUGAAAAACAACAGUGCCCCAUUCUGACAGACCUGUUCAUAACUGGGGUGCUGGAUAUGAACAGUGUGAUGUAAAUGAGGAUAAGUACAUAUCCAACCCUCAGUGUUUUUAUAUAGGAUGAGCGAGAGACCACAAAUUAUUGGGCAUCAUGUGCCUUUAUCUAUGUUCCUCUCUUUCCAAUAAAGUAAUUCAGAGUGCAGUGGUUUGUUAUGCUUUGAAGAUUUACCUCCCUACCACCUCUUUGCUGUUACAGCCAGAGAGUCUUUUUUCUCUGAAUCCACAUCAAAAGGAGAAUAAUGGAAAUCCUUUACUUCAGCCUGCCACACUCAUAAAUCACUUCGGCUUUUAAAAUCAGUUUCUAGCUAUGAAUACUAAAAAAUGUAUUAGGCCAUACAUUUAUAAAAUUAAACAUUUUCUGAUUAAUUCCCAGCAGUUUGUGCCAGGUAAACAUAGUUCCAGCCCGAUCAUACAGCCAGGUUAGGCAGCUGCCUAAUGUAGUUACAGUGGUGAAUCGCAAGACGAAAUUAAUCCGUUCCGCGAGUCUCUUCGUCUUGCGGUUUUUUCGUCUUGCGAAGCACGGCUAUUAGCAGCUUAGCGGCUUAGCGGCUAUUAAUGGCUUAGCAGCUUAGCGGCUAUUAACGGCUUAGCGGCUUUAAGAAAAAGGAAACAAACUCGCAAGAACUCGCAAGACGUUUCGUCUUGCGAAGCAAGCCCAUAGGGAAAUUCGUCUUGCGGAACGACUCAAAAAACGGAAAACUCUUUCGUCUAGCGAGUUUUUCGUCUUGCGAAGCAUUCGUCUUGCGGGGCACCACUGUAUAUGAUAGAAAGAGGGAAGAGGGAUUAAAAAGAAAUAAUCUAGUAUGUGGGGAGUGGGCUCCAUGAACUCUUCUCUCCUGGUGCCGUGGCCCGAAGCAUUAUUUAAAAAAAAUGAACUGAAACAAAAAUUGGCAAAGUCGAAAUCUGCAAUCCUGUAAACUGCCCUGUGAAGGGCAGUAAAUAAAUAAAUAAAUAAUAAUAGCACUCACUAAGGAGAAAGUCUUUAAAAAUUCGGUUCUAAAUUAAUAUGUAUAGCAGGCAUAGGCAAACUCGGCCCUCCAGAUGUUUUGGGACUACAAUUCCCAUCAUCCCUGAACACUGGUCCUGUUAGCUAGGGAUGAUGGGAGUUGUAGUCCCAAAACACCUGGAGAGCUGAGUUUGCCUAUGCCUGGUGUAUAAGGUUAGGCUGUUAGUUUUAUACAGGAAAGUUAUUCCAGUAUGGAAUGUCUUUCAUUUCUGCCCCCAAGUCAAUUUAUCAACCACUGGAAUAGAAAUCCAAAUGCCAUGUUUGCCCGAGGCUUUUAAAGGUAGAUGGCUUUUGUACAUUUCUAGUGAGGAAAUGUAAGACAACUUGCAGGUUUCUGAAUUCCUUUCAUUUUUAAAGUGCACUGUCCACUUUCCAAGAUAGAAUAUUAAACACACAAAACUUGCCCCUAUAUUGUACUAGCUGUUAAAGGCACACAAGGCCUUCGGGGGGGGGGGGGAGAUUGGCAACCUUAAUUGGAACAUCUAUGAAAUAAGGCUAAUAGUGCAAUCCUAUAUAUGUCUACUUAAAUAGAUGUACAAUUUAUUUCAAGGGCGCGUACACCCAGGUAAGGGGAUAAUAAAACCCACUGAGAACAAUGGGAUGAAGUUCAGAAUAAGUGUACAGUGGUACCUCAGAACUCGAACGGCUCCGUUUUGGCUUCCGAACGCCGAAAACCCAGAAGUGAGUGCUCCAGUUUUCGAACGUUCUUCGUAACACAAAUGUCCAACACAGCUUCCGCUGUGCAAAAACCUAGCUAUCGGCCAGUUGGAAGCCGUGCCUCGGAACUCGAAUGUUUUGGAAGUCGAACGGUCUUUCCGAAUGGAUUGCAUUUGAGUUCCGAGGUACCAUUGUACACAAUAGGAUGUUGCUAUAGGCCUGCAAUUCUAUGUACUUACAUGGGAGUAAAUCUGCCCUCAACACAGUUAAACUUCUACGUAAAAUCUAUAGGCUUUCUUUUAAACUGCUUUGAGGUUUUUUCCACAACCAAGCAGUAUAGAAAUUUUAUGGCAUAAAUAACUCUUGAGGUUCCCCCCCCCCAAUCAAACAGUAUAUAAACUAACAACAACAACAAUAUACUUGGGACUAAGCCCCAUUGAAUUAAGUGGGACUUAUUGAAAAGUAUUCCUGCACAGAAUCUGGGCACACUGUAAUAUCAACUAGCAAAAUUUGUGAUACACGUAUCACUUUCAUGUAAAUCCCAGUAAAGAAAGCAACAUGUGGUGAGGAAGUUGGCUAAUGGUGAGAUCAUGGAGUCUGCAUCUUGUCAUAGUCUUAAGACAGAAAGUAGGAGGAAGGAAGGGGCCUUCCAAUGGAGCUGUGUAAGGAGCUUUGCAGGAUUCAGAUUGAAUCUAACACUGCUACAGAGAAGGAACGUACGAUGGUUGUUGCCUCUUAUUUGAAAAUAUACAAUCCAACUGUCAACUUGAUUUCUCUCCAUUCUUCUAUGAAACAAACAAGUAUUGUUUCCUCUCUCUCCAUUUCUCUGUUUAUCACCUAGCCCAAUGAAGAGUUCCUGAUAACCCAAAGGCUUGCACACUAUUUUGUGACCUUUUGUUGAGCCUAAUAAAGGUUGUGCCGUAGUAUGGAUUUUUUCUUAUGGGCCAACACCACUACCUUUACUGUUUGUGUAUUGGAUAGAAACGAUUUUGCUCGGAGCCAUGUAAUAUUUUAUUGAUCUCUAUAUAACACAUUGGGGGCGGGGUUUGAACAGUUUGCUUCAUGAGAAAACUAGGAAUCACUACUGCAGAUGAUGACAGAUCAUGAGGUACAGCAAUUGCUGCUCUGUUGGAAAUAUUAAAAACUACAUUAAAAAGCAAGGGGGUGUUUGUCCAUAAAAAAGCAGCUCCAAAAAAACAAAAUGUCACAAAAUCGUGACAAGAGUUUUAAUUAUCCAAUACAGUGGUACCUUGGUUUACAACCAUAAUCCGUUCCAGAGGUCUGGUUGUAAACCAAAACAGAUUGUAACCCAAGGUGCCCUUUUGCCAAUGGGGCCUCCAAAAAAAGGGGGGUUGUAAUAAAAAAAGGGGGGGUUGUAAUCCAAAAAAAGGACACACACUUCCAGGUUUGACGUGGUUGUAAUCCAAAACGGUUGCAAACCAAGGUACCACUAUACUCAUCAUCAGGCAAGAUGUUACACUAUGAAAUGGGGGUGGGUUAUGAGGACAAAUAUAAAACAAUAAAAUACAAAUACUAGGCUGGAUGUUGCAGCCGUAAGGUCAGCCUCCAGACUCACUUCCAAGGUAAGAGAUUGAAUAAGUCUCUGCUCAGUGCUGAAAUACCAAAUUAAGCAGCUAGGAUUCUGAAAUAAAGAAGCAAUCACCACUCCUCUUUUUUUAUAUAUAUAAAUAAAACCUAGCUGUUACAUGUCUCCCAUAAUUUAAGCAAAAAGCAUGAGGUCCUGGUUGGGCAAACAGCAGAAAUUAAAGCUAGAGGUGAAUUUUGGAUGGCUUUCCAGGUAAGAGAGGCAUAAUACUAAAACCUGGGGUCAUCCAGGGUACUAAAUGUUGGAGGAUUAAAAAAAGACAAAAGGAAAUAGUUCUUCACACAGCACAUAGUUAAACUAUACAAAUUCAUGGAGGAUAAGGCUAUCAAACACUACUAGCCAUGAUAGUUAGAUAGUAUAUCCAGGAUCAGAGAUAGCAUGCCUGUAAAUAUGGGUUGCCUGAGAACUAUUGUGCUUGCUUGUGGGUUUCCCACAAAGUUGUUUUCUUUGGUAAAUGGGCUACUGGACUGGAUAGGCCUUUGCUCUUAUUGAACAGGGCUCUUUUAUGAUAUUUUUAAAAUGGGAACCUUAAUAUAUAUAUAUCAGUAGGAGCAAACACAUAAAUUUAAUAAGUUCAUUGGGUGAGAUGAAUGAAACCUUGAAUGUGUCCUUUCGUAACAUUUUUCCAGCUUGCCAUGCAAAUAAGAGAUGUAGAAAUGUCAUAAUUCACUGUCAUUAUUUUGAAAUAGUAUGCAGCACAUUGUCAAAAAUAGAAAUGCAUUCCAUCAGGAAUGAAUCACCAAUUAUUUGAGAACAGAAAGCACUCAUUCAUUUCAUUUCCCUUGGACAAACCUCAAACACAUACUGUACUAGAAAAUGUGUUGACCGCUACACAAUAAUCACAACUACCACACACCUUUUAUCUGUAACAGGCAGUGUUAUUAACCUUCCUCAUGUAAUCCUUGAAGUACUUAUGGGAUCUUAAAUAAAUACCAAAGUGAAAACUGCUGCUAAAUUGAAUGUUUCAGCCUUAGCCUUACUAAAUUUCAACAUCAAGUCAUUUCCAUGUCAAGAUACACUGCUGCCUAAUUUUGUUUCUCAAAAUUAAUCUUUUAGGUCUGUCCCUAUCAUUAGGCAAAGUGAGGCAGCUGCCUCAGAAUGCAGAUACUGUCACUGCACCCCCAGCUUUCACCCAAGUCUCCCGACUGUUGCCAUUCUUCUGAACUGGUGCUGAUGCUUGCUGCUGAGCUACUGUGUUUCACAAGAUCAAAUAAUCAAAUGGACAAACCAUUUCCAACACACCACUAUCCGACUAUCAACUCAUCUUCUAAAGCACUUUAUGUUUUAUACUGUAUACUGGUACAAAACUGAGUAAGAUAAGAAUGGAUUUCUAAAACACGUAAGAUCUUGUUUCCAAGUUUUACUCCAGCUGAAACAUAUAAUUUUCAUCACUGCAAAUAGAGUUAAGAUGACUGAUUCAAAUAAUCUCUAUUUCCCUCUUAGAGUUGGGUAGCUUAGCCCAUAAUACACAACAUAUUAUGAAUGUAAUCCUCCACCCUUGCAGUGUAUUUAGCUGACAAACCAUUUGAUACUUGCCUUAACCUGCUUUUCUAGGAUCAGCUUAUUCUGGCUUCAAAAAAGCCUCACUUUUGUGAGGGGAUAGUUCAGAACGAUCUAAUGCCCAAACUUGCUGAGAUUUGUUAACGGAAGGCUUUGAUACUUUUAGUGGACUGACUUAUUAAAGCUACUCUUGAGCUAGGUAUAAUACAGAUAAAGUAUGGCACAGGCAAUGCCCGGAAGACGUUGACACAUUCAGGCAAUGGGGUAUGAAUAAGAGAAAGGGUGUUUCCUCUGGCUAAUUUACAGCUAAAGGAGAGCAACACUUGAGACACAUUUUUUAAAUGUAGUUUUUCUAUUAUUGUUAUAUGGUACUGAAAAACUACCUGAAAUUCUUCCAAAACAAACUGUAUAACACUUCUCAAAUGCAAAAGAGAUGCUAUAUCCCAAAAUACAUGUAUGUCAGGGCACUGAAAAAUAUUGAGAUUUCUAACUUCACAAAGGUCAUAACUAAUCACUAUUGCAUUUUCUCUCAUUAUUGCAAUAUUGCAUUGUUGGAAAUAAAGAAUUGGAGUCCAAAAUUGUAUCUACUGUUUCCACUUAAUUAUAAAUAAAUCUAAUGUUUGGCGUCGUUCCUCUCCGUCUCACAGAGUUCGUAAAUUUAGCUAGUACAGUAUACUUUCACAUUUUAUUAAUCCAUUCAUCCAUCUGCAGUAUUUUUGGUCAUUCCCAAUACUUUGCAUACAGCAUCUGAGUAGCUGCUGCAAUAUAAGCUAGGGAGUUUUAAAUGUUCCCUUUUUAUUGUAUCUUUUGCAUAGGAAAAUAUAAUGAUGCAUCUAUUUUUGAAGAUUUCUUGCUGCAAGUAGGAGGGAAAAUGCCAGAGCAGGGGGGUGGGGGUGGACAGAGUUGCAUACUUGUCCUCACUUUUCCUUAUCAUGUGAGGAAUUUAGAACACCCGAAUAGGGCUAAAUUGUGACCAUUAAAUAUGAAGCACUUGGAUAUACAAAAAAGUAAGAUGAAAAAUAUAUCUAUUCCAAUGGCCAUUACUCCGGGGGUCAGCAAAUUUAUUCAGCAUGGGGCCGGUCCACUGUCCCUCAGACCUUGUGGGGGGCCAGACUAUAUUUUGGGGAAAAACAUGAACGAAUUCCUAUGCCCCACAAAUAACCCAGAGAUGCAUUUUAAAUAAAAGCACACAUUCUACUCAUGUAAAAACACACUGAUUCCUGGACCGUCCACGGGCCAGAUUGAGAAGGAGAUUGGGCUGCAUCUGGCCCACGGGCCUUAGUUUGCCUGCCCAUGCCAUUACUCAGCACGUUAUAGGAACAUACAUACCUAUUGUACAUUAAUUUUGAAACAAUUAACUUCAACUUUUUUUGGCUAGGAUCCAAAGAACCUCUUGAGAUGAAAAAGAAAGAAAGAAAAAAAGAGAGAAAACUCACUGGGGAAAGAGGGGCUCUGUCCAUUAAUAUUUUUGCUAUGCAAAAAGCAUAUUCAUUCUAUUUGUGAUCUGUCCAUUUUUCUUGUGAAAAAAAUACUCAUUUCUCACAGGUCAAAAUCCAACACAAGGCACAAAAGCUCUGUAUUCCAGGGUCCCAGCCAGACUGUCAUCUAUGCCAGCUAGACAGGUACAUUUUGCAGAUAGUAUCUACCCUUAGGUUACAAUUUAUCAUCCCAAUUAGCAACUUCCUUGUGCAGUAUUAUGCCAGCUGAGUAAGUGCACCUGGAAGGUGUACUAUUUGACUCAUUAAAUAUGAAUUGCUGUUGAUUUUUUGCUUGACUAUUAAAUAAUUAAUUUUAAAUUUAUACCGUGUUAAAACUAAUAUCACCCCUCUGAGCUGUUAUGUUUUAAAAAGAAGAGGGAAAUGAUACAGAAGUUAUUGGGGAGAAAGGAGAGCAAGCUAGGAGAGUAGAUUCUCCCUAUGCUAUUUAACAUCUAUAUGAAGCCACUGAGAGCUGUCAUCAGGAUAUUUGCAGUGAUGUGUCAUCAAUAUGCAGAUGAUACCCAGCUCUAUCUCUCUGUUCCUUAUGAAUUAGGAGAGGCUGCUGAGGUGUUAUGACUAGUGCUUAGUAGGCAGUGAUGGGCUAGAUGUGAGCCAACAAAUUGAAGCUGAAUCCUGAAAAAGACAUGUGUUAUGUGUUCUGAGUUCUUGAGUCUGGGGACUGGCGAGAUGACCAGUCCUGGACAGAGUUGUAUUCCACUGGAAGAUGCAGCCCAUAGCUUGCAGGUGCUCCUGGAUUCAACUAUGUCACUGGAGUACUGGGAUUGGAGUACUUUCCCCCAGCUCCAGCUAGUUUGCCAGCUAUGGCCCCUUUCGUACAGAAAUGACUUGGCCUCUGUACGCCAUGCUCUGGUAACUUACUGACUGUAUUACUGCAAUGCACUCUAUGUGGGGCUGGCCUUGAACAAAAACUCAGGAAACUUCAACCAGUCCAAAAUGCAGUGCCAGAUUACCGGCUGGGGUUCCAUUUAGAUCUCAUAUAACCUCAGCUUUAAAACAGCUGAAUGGGUUGCCAGUACAUUUUCAGGCCCAGUUCAUGUUAGUGUUUGGAGCCCUAAAAGACUUAGGCCCCCAAUAUCUGAAAUACCAUCCCCUUCUCUACAGACCCUCUGGGUAUUAAGGUAAGUAGAGCGGGCCAUCUUGGCAUUGCCCUUGCCCUUAAAAGCUUGGCAGGGUGGUGGUGGUCUGGGACAAGACAUUCUUUGUGGCAGCCCCUAAGUUAUCACACUUCCUCCCCAUAGUCUUGCAUCUGGCAAUGUAACUUACACAGUUUUCACUGAAUGCUGAAGAUGCGCCUCUUUAUCCUGGCCUUUGACCUCUGUAUACUUACCUUUAACCUUUGAUAAAAACUGUUUUAAAUGUUGUAUUUACAUAGUUGUGAUCCACCCUGGGAUCUCAGCGUGAAGAACAGGUUAACAAAUCAAACUAAUAAUAAAUGUACAGUGCAGUCCUAUGUACAUUUACUCAGAACAAAGUCCUGAGUUCAGUGGGACUUAUUCCAUGCUUUCAGAAUGGGACUUGCUUCUGAGUAAACUUGCUUAGGAUUCCAUUGCAUCUCUGAGGCUAUGGACUGGAGUAGCCAGCCGUUUCCACUGUAGAUGUUCUGUGUGAAAAUGAAAGGACUAGACCCUCUCUCAACAAUCUAGCUCUGGCAGAUGCAAUAAAGUACGUGAUAAUACUUUAAUAAAAUCCACUAUGCAAAGACUAAACCUAAUCUAAAUAUUUAUUUAUUUAUUAUUUUUAUUUAUUAGAUUUAUAUACCACCCUUCAUCAAAAGAUCUCAGGGCAGUUCACGUGAUAAAAACAAGAGAUAAAAGCAGUUCUAUUUUUCUAGAAAAAGGUGAACACCUCCCUUCUUCUCUUAUAAUGGCAAUGGUGCCCACCUGAGAAGUGCCGGAACUGAGUUUCAGUGAGUUCCGGCUUAAAAAAAGCCCUGGAUAAAAGUACCAAGAAAUAGUUAAAACAGAAACAACAAAACAAUAACUCCCCUCCCACAAACACAUUUAAAAGGCUGUAGAAUAUUUAUCAGCCCAAGGCCUGGUUGAAGAGGAAUGAAUGUGCUAUAAGGAAGGUACUAGACAAACCUCCCUGGGGAGAGCAUUCCACAAAAGUAACAGACUCAGUCAAAGAAAAAUAAAAUAAGCAUUAAUAAGGCUAAAUUAAUGUAAUAUUAAAUAUAUGGCUGCUACUAUUUAAUAUAUACAGAGCAUCAUAGCUAAGUUUAGUAUAUAUACAGUGGUACCUUGGGUUAAGUACUUAAUUCGUUCCAGAGGUCUGUUCUUAACCUGAAACUGUUCUUAACCUGAAGCACCACUUUAGCUAAGGGGCCUCUUUCUGCCGCCGCGCCGCCGGAACACGAUUUCUGUUCUCAUCCUGAAGCAAAGUUCUUAACUCGAGGUAUUAUUUCUGGGUUAGCGGAGUCUGUAACCUAAAGCAUAUGUAACCUGAAGUGUAUGUAACCUGAGGUACCACUGUACCUGUAUUUAGAGCAUGGUUUUUUUGCUUUUCCCACGCUGAAUGAAUUUAACAUGUCCUGGCAUGGAGACGUAGAAAGCAGCUCCUAUUGGCUUCCUUCCUAUCAUGCCACUGCUAAAGGAACAAGUAGGCAAGUGAAAAGGAGAAAAAAGUGGCAAACAUAUGUUACUUAGAGAUAAAGGGUGGGAGGUGCAAAACAAGGUCCAUUUGUAAGCCCUGCUAAACUAAAUAAGCCAAGAGCGAUAAUACGGGUAAAGAAUAUAUAAAGUGCAGUAGCACCUUUAAUUGAAUCAUUACAGCAAUUGUGGGUUUCCAAGGCAACAGCUAGCCUAUUUCAUCAGAUGCAAAAACUGAGUAUGGCAAUACCUUAAUUUAUACAACCGGCUUUCUAAAAGUACAAGAACUGCACAAGUGUACAAUCUAUACAGAAAUUUGCUCCAAAAAGAUGUGUUUUUGGAGCUAGAAAGCAAGAAACCAGUUGAACAUCCAGGGUCAGCCAAGGCAUUUUGCUACCCGAGGCAAAUGAGAAUAUGUCACUCUCUUCCAUUUAACUACAAGUCAACCAGAUGGGCAGUUAACUCCUAGUUCAACAAUGUGGACAAAUUAGUGUCCUCUCCUAUUCUCUGAGUAUAUCAAGCCAUCUUAGAGGUAGGUGCACUCAUCCUUACGCCUCACACAUACUCUCAUAUGCUGCAUGAAGCAAUCACUUUGCCUAAUGGUGGGUCAGCUCUAAGAACAACUGAUGGAAGUAGACUCGUCAACAAAAAAAAUAUGCCAUUAUGCUAGUCUGUAAGCUUAGAAGAUUCUUUGUUGCUUUUACUUAAACUUCAAAGGAAACCAAAUGCAGAUCACUACAUCAUUUAUUACAUUGAGUGACUACUGAUGACCAGCUCACCCAGUGGUAAAUGUGAGGAAGCCGUGCCACUUGAUAACUGCCCCCCCAUUACAUUAUACAUUAUAGACAUGAUUUUUUAAAAAACUAAUUCUGAUUAGUAGACAAAUCUGUGGUAGACAUAGCUAAAGGAAGCUGCUUGUAUUGAAUUGUCUGCACUGAGUGACAGCAGCUCUCGGUUGGUUAGAGCAUGCUACUGAUAAUGCCAAGGUUGCAGGUUUCAUCCCCGUAUGGGAGAGCUGCAUAUUCCUGGAUUACAGGGGCUUGGACUAGAUGAUCCUCUGGGUCCCUUCCAACUCUACAAUUCUAUGAUUCUAUGAAAGGGGAGUUUUCCCCAGCCCUGGUUGGAAUUAGGUUGAAGCUCAGUGGCAGAGCAUCUGCCUUUCAUUCCAAAGGUCCCAGGUUCAAUCCCGGGCAUCUCCUGGCGGGGCUGGAAGAAACUCUACAACCCUAGAGAGCCACUGCCAAUCAUUGUAGACAAUGUUGAGUUAGAUGCACCAAAUGGUCUGACUCGAUAUAAAACAGCUAACUAUGUUCUGCUAACCUGCGAACCUCUUCUUCCACUGAUCUACGGCCCUAGAAAAUAUUAGCACUUGAUAAAUUGGUCAUCUGUUUAGGGUCAGUGUUUCUCCAACAACUCUAAAUAUAGGAGUCCUAAGCAAGAAAGAUAACGUGCCUUGGUCUGUGAAUGAAAAGGCAGUGACAACCCAGUUAGAAAGUAUAUGAUCAGUGAGCAGAAGGGCAGUCAAGAGCUUGAUCUGCAGUAGAAGACUUAAUCAUAAUCAUAUACUGUAUACUAACAGCAAACUCACUCUCCAAGUGCCAAAACCAUGUAGCAAAAAACCAUGUCAUCCAUGAACAAGAGGGAGGUACUGGCAGGCCUAGGUAAACCCAUGUAUUUUAUAAAGGAAACCUCCUAAGGCAGAACUCCGCAAAAUAGUCUAAUGAAGACUGAGCAUUCUGUACUCAGUAGCCACAAAGAGCAAAACAUCUGAGGAUCUAUGCUUAUCUUUUCCAUCAGGUUGCCUCAGAAGGAAAGCAAGAAAGUUUGUGCUUAAGAAGUUUAUCCUGAGCCAAGUAGUGUCAUACAUGCCCAACUAUCAAUUCUAACAGACUCUUCCAUCCUUCAGCUUCACCUGGAAACAGCCAUUUCAUCAGGCUGUGGAAGCUAAGGAACAGAUUUGAAGCAGGUAGAUUCCUACUUUCAUUCUACUGCUUCCAUUUCAGCUUAAGAAAAAAAUGCUCAAAUUUGUUUUGUUUUACUCUCCUCUCUCUCAACACUGUUUACUUUUGUGUUGUGUCUUUUAGGUUGCAAGCCCAAAAGCAGGACUGUCUUUUUAUUACUGAUUUUUGGAAGCCACUCUGAAUGUCUUUUGGACUGAAAAAGCAGAGGGGGAAAGCCUGAAAUACACACAUAAAUAAGGAAGCUAAAGCAACAGUCCAGUGACAAGAACACAAGCUAAGUCAGAUGGCCCUAUAGUGUCCAAACAGGUACAACGACCAUUAUGGAGAUACAGUGAUGCUGAAUUUCUUAAAACCUUUGCUUCAAAUGCACGCAGUGCAGACCUAGUAUGUUACUCAAAAUAUCUCACUGUGUUCAGCUGGGCUUCCUUCCAGGGAGUGUCCAUAUUUUACCUAGGAGUAGGGGCCACGGAACACAGUGUGCCUUACCUGUGAGCAAACUGUGUAUGGUUAGGUUGUUAAGUCUACAAAAGAUCAGUCCCAAAGAUUGCUUUCCAUUUCAUUCUGACCAAGCAAUCAGCUACCUUUUGCAGUCCCUCCUUCCAACUGCCCCUUUCACAACUCCUCUUUUCCUGGGGUUUCCCCCCUUUCUUCUAGCUAAUCUGAACGUAGACUCAACUUCUGCCAGUAUGACUGGGGCUGAGGAGACACAGCAGCCCACACUCAUUGCAAUUCCUCCUUGUGAACCAAAGAACUCUUAUUAGAAUAAACAAGUUCCGUUUUAAAUACUGAAAUACUAAAUAAGAUGGAUAACAAUGUGUAAUACAAAAAGAAGCAUGAAAUUAGGUUAAAAGUGUGUGAAAGAAAGUAAUAGAAGUGGAAAGAAAUUGCAAUUGAGUAGAUUAGAAGUCUAACACAAAGGUGGGGUGAGGGGUGAUGGGAAAAGGAAUUAUCUGUGGGAUUGAGUGUAGGUAUGUUUGAACAUUUUUAAGGAUUGUAUGAAAUGUAUGUUUGUAUGCUUGUAUAUUCGCAAUAUGUGUGUAUUAAUGCUGAAUUAUUUUAAUAAUAAAAACUUUUAAAAAAUAAAAAAAAAAUCAGAAGGCUUUACCUUCCUCAUACCCAGUUCCUUCUUUAUGUUGCUUCCAUACCCAGCUACUUUCCUUUUAAAACCCCCAACUCCAGCCCCCCCUCUCUUCCAAAAGCCAAUCACUCAAAUCACUUUCGGUGGGUGCGGGCGGAAUGGGCAUGACCAUCCCGAAACCACUACAAAGGAACCUUAACCCUCUGCUUCGGUUUCCACCACCCCGCAGCUCCUACCAUGCACAUUCAAACAGGAACCGGAAGUACGGCGCUAAUUGUACGUCUCUUCCGCCCCGGUGCUGAGUGCCUAGAGCGGCCACAAACAUUGCAAAACCCACGGAGGACCAUCUGCUGCGGCGGGAGACCAUCAAGCUACGGUAUCUGGAGGCGUCAGGGUCAAGGGAAGUGGGGGGCCUGUCGGACUAGAGCCCGGAGGCUUUUGCUUCUGCACCACGACCACGUAGGUGAUUGUGUUGCAUCGGGAACAGUCGCUUUGCUCGCUCUUAGCUUUGAACAGAAUCGUCCCAAACUGCACUUUUGGGGUGCUGUGGUUGUUUGUCCUCAUUUCUCCCCUCCCCAUAGACUUCUAUGCGAGCUUGUCUAGCUUGUAGAUAAUACGUGCUUUUGGGUGAACCGGUUCUAGUAGUUCGGAAAAGCUUGUGCCACAAAAACUAACAAACACCCAGCUCUUCGGGGCUGUGUCGUUCUUUGCUGCUAACAGCACAAGCCCUGCAUUCGUCUGUUCAGAAGUAAGGCGAGGCUGCAUAUACACGCCAUGCAUUCGAAGCAUGUUUAAAUCUCAUGCCCUGGAAACCGUAGUUUGUCAAUGUGUCAAGUAUAGUUUCCAGGAUUCUUGUGUGGGUGAGUGAUUUAAAGGUACCUCACACAGCCUAAGCCUUUCUAAGAAGCAGUAUGUUGUCUGGGUUUGAGGCUGCUAUGGCGAUUUCGGCAGGGAACAACUUGUCAGCCUUGUGCAGUGAAUAGCUCCCUCGGGAGCUAUUGUUUGGGUAAAUUGUUUUAAGAAUUAAAAACCCAAAUUAUGAAUACAUAAGUGAAUAGGGCCACUGUGCAGAUGACUGCAGCUUCAUCGUGACCUGCUGCAAGAGAACGUUCUCUGUCAGGAAAUGGAAAAUUACAGCCUGUACUAGUUGAAGCUUUCAGAUAACCGUUGCAGUAACUCCCGUUUGGAUGGCAUUAAUAUAUUUUGUUAUGCUUCAUAAUUAAGAUUUGGACUAUUGGAGUGCAUUUUAGCAGUCCCUGAAUUAUUCUGAAAUCCUACUUUAUCAGAUGUGAACAGUAAUACAUAUUCUAUACUUUCAUUACAGGCUGUUGAAGAAUGUUUGUUCCAAGGUCUAUUAAAGUCAAGAGGAAUGCUGGUGAUGAGGGGACUUGUGUAACUAAGAAAAAUAAGCCCUCUCCAAGUGAAUCCUCACUUGAAAACGUCACAGACUUCCGAGAUGCUAAGUCAGAUUCAAAAGACAUGCCAAGCUCAGAGAGUGACUUGUUUGAACCAAUGGAAAGAGACACUGAGGUGCACAUCUCUCUGGAUUCAGCUGUAGCUCUUCCUGAAGCAACAUUGGAAAAUGCAAACAAUGAGGACUCUUCUCUUGCUGAGGAUCCCAUAAAAUCUUUCAGCAAAAUGCAACGUUGGCCACAGCCUGGGGAACCUGUCUGUGUGGUUUGUGGUCGUUAUGGGGAAUACAUCUGUGACAAGACUGACGAAGAUGUUUGUAGCUUGGAGUGCAAAGCCAAACACCUUUUACAUAUCAAAGAGGAAAAGAAAAACUCAAAAUCUGCUAGCAGUUGUGAAAAAGCAGAGACUCGGUCCACGUUACUUGAUGGUACUUACGUCUAUGAAGAGAAUCCAUUUGUGCUAAGCCUUCAAGAGGAGCAGAUUGAAAACUUAAAGCAGCAACUAGGCAUUGCUGUUCAAGGUCAAGAAGUUGCAAGACCUAUUGUAGAAUUUGAACACUGUGGCUUCCCUGAAAUUUUAAACACCAAUUUGAAAAAAUCAGGCUAUGAAGUCCCAACUCCUGUCCAAAUGCAGAUGAUCCCAGUUGGAUUACUGGGCAGGGAUAUCAUGGCCACUGCUGACACUGGCUCAGGAAAAACUGCUGCUUUCCUGCUUCCUGUUGUAAUUAAAGCCUUGGGAGAGGUAAAGUUUAAACCUGCAUUUUCAAAAAGCUGUGGGAAUUGUGCAGCACACUCCUGUACAUGUUUACUUAGAAGUAAAUCCCAGUGCAUUCAAGGGGAUUUCUCUUUGGGAAACUCUGCAUUGAAUUUCAACCUUAGUUACACUGAGAAUUCUAGAGAAAUUAUUUUUAGCUGUUUGUUUCUUCUUUGAACUUAUGUCAGUUGACUUGAAAAAAGUGAAUGUUUGGAAAACAGUACAGAAUAUCUAAUAUAUUCUUUCAGCUUUAUAUCUGUCAGUUGACCGGAUAAACGAUACAAUUACUGAAUCUGUCAAUUGUCCUAAAAAGGUCCUCAGUGUCCCUGCUUACACCUGUUGCUCAAGAGUUCAGCUGCAAUUCUGCAGUGGGGAUCUUUUUAUACACAUUGAGGCUCCCCAUGUGACUUCAAACCCUUUCAGGCUUCUAAAUACACAGGCAGCAGCCACAAGUAGAAAAGGUUUUCUGCUGCAGAAAUUACAGCUGAACUCUUGAGCAACUGGCACAAGCAGGGGGCAGUGACCUAAAAGCCCUGUCCCACAGCCCCUUUUUCAUUUGCUUUACCUCUUCAUACGGAUAAUCACUGAAGAGUGCUCCAGUAUUCAGAAAUACUCUGUAACAGUUUGUCCACUUACUCUUAUUUCUGUACUUAACAGUCUUAGUAGGGUGGGAGUAGAUUUCCACAGUUUCUAAUGUUACAUUGUGACUAUUUGCUGUCGUCUCCAUUGACAUCCGAAUGAAAAGGAUGUUGUUGAGCUAAUCUGAUAUGAAUUACAGUAACUGUUCUCUUAUUUUCCCCUAAUCUGAUACUUUUAAUUGAGAAUGCAGAUUGGCAACUCACAACUUUUUUCCACUUUCUGCUUCAGGCAGAAACCCCAUCUGCUCUUAUUCUGACGCCAACGAGGGAGUUAGCUAUACAGAUAGAGAAACAAGCUAAAGAGCUCAUGAUUGGACUGCCCAACAUGAGAACUGUUCUUCUGGUUGGAGGAUUGCCAUUACCACCUCAGCUUCAUCGCCUGAAACAAAAUGUUAAGGUAAAACCUGCUGCUGUGAUUUUUGGGUUUUUAAAAAAAUAUAUGGCAAAGAACUAGAGGUGAUACUGAUUUCUUUGUUUAAGGCUUCCAGAACUUCAGCUCUUGUUGAAGAGAUUUGGUCUCAAGUCCUUAAAAAAUUGCUUGCCACAGUAUCAACCAUAUUGGGCUUUACAAUUGGCAAGGGAGGCCUUAUUUGCUGUUGGGUGCUGACUCCUUUAUAGUGCCUUGCCAGUAAUAGUUCCCUGCUUAGGGGAUGCCCUCCUUGGUGAGGUGCACCUUUCACCCUCAUUAACCUUUAGGUAGAAUUCAAAAACAUUCCUGUUUACCCAAGUAUUUGAUGACUGGAAGAUACCGGUUCUUGCAGCCUUGAAAGUAUUUAGCAGAGAGGAUAUUUUAUUUUAUUAUUACGGGGGGGGGAGUAUUCUUUUUGACCUUUUGUUGUUUUCCACACUGAGUUCUUUUGGGAGGAAUGGAAGGAUAAAAAACGACAAAUAAUAAUGAUGAAGCACUGAUCAUUGAUUUUAUUUCUAAUGUUGAUGUUUUUGCCUCCACCCUCUUUCUGUUAGGUUAUGAUAGCUACACCAGGAAGGUUGCUAGAAAUUCUAAAGCAAAGCUCCGUUCAAGUCCAUAAUAUUAAAAUUGUUGUAGUGGAUGAAGUAAGUAUACAUGGUGGGACAAAACACAAAAUAUAUGUGUGAGUGUGCAUGCAGGUAUUACUUAAAUAUGAAAUAACAAUGGCUGAAAUGGCUUGAUUUCUGUCUGGUGACCACUAGUAGAUUUCAAGCACAUGCAAUGCGUAUGUACUUUGGCUAGUGCAUGGUAUGCUUGGAAUACAGUUCAGAUGGUGUAUUGACCCAUUUAUGUGUCAGGAAGGAAGAGAUGAGAGCACACCUGAGGAUUAAGCAUCUAGGUCACUUUUUUUGCAAAGUGGGAGCAGCCGCUGCAGACACUAGUGUGCAUUUUGGACAGUAGUGAGUUGCUGGCAGGAAAGAGAAGCAUAAAGUAGAACUGGAAGGUGCUGCGAAUAGGCACAGUGCAGGGUUGGGGAACCUUUUUUCAGGGCUGCAUAUCCUUUUGAACAUCCUUCCAAGGGCUGCAUGUGGUGGGCUAGACAAACUCAUGGAGGAUAAGGCUAUCAAAGGCUACUAGUCAUGGUGGGAAUAUAAUUUGUCUCCAGGGUCAGAGGCUGCAUACCAAUUACUGGGGGAUGACAGCCAGAGUGGGCUGUUGCUAUCAUUUCCUGCUUGUAGGCUCCCUAGAGGCUGGCCACUGUAGGAAAUGGGAUGCUGCACCAAAUGAUCCAGCAAGGCUGUUCUUCUGACUGUGCUGGCAAAGAAAGUGAAUUAAUCUUUUAUUUCCUCACCUCUGCUCCUACAGUGGAAUGUUAAUGUUUACUGGUCUGUUUCUCCCACUCUCUCUCUCUCUCUCUCUCUCUCUCUCUCUCUCUCUAACAUAGGCUGAUACCAUGUUAAAGAUGGGUUUCCAGCAGCAGGUUUUAGACAUUUUGGAAGAUAUCCCCACAGACCGUCAGACUAUUCUGGUGUCUGCCACAAUGCCUUUCGGCACUGAACAGCUGGCCAAUCGACUUCUGCAAAAUCCAGUGAAAAUAACCAUCGGAGAAAAGAACCAGCCAUGUUCCAACGUUCGCCAGAUUAUCUUGUGGGUAGAAGAACCGUCCAAAAAGAAAAAGCUUUUUGAAAUAUUAAAUGUUAGUAUCCUUGGAAGGGAGAACCUGUUGUUUUUCUUCCACAAAUUGUGAUUCUUUGCAGAUUUGGAGGAGAGAAACUGGAAAAUGGCUGUUUAACUGAUUCAGCUUUGUUCUUGAGAGCUCCCCAGCAGAGAGGCAUAAACACGUCCCUGCAAUUCAGUUUAGCCAAUGCUUUUGUUGAAACUUGUGGAAGAAGAAACAAAAUGUUUAUUGUUUCAAUAUUGUUGGUGAUAUUCAUUAGCUUAUUACUGCAUUUUCAGUACUUUAUAAUCUGUGAUUCUGAGAGGCAUUUAAGUAGCCCAGUGUUGACGUGUUUAGAAAUAGGCAGGAUCCAAAGCAUCAUGGCUGGGAUCCAAUGAAAAGUUCCUUUGCAAUUCUAACCAUCUAUACUCAGAAUUAAGGUCUAUUGAAUUCAGUGGACCUUACUCCAGGUAAAGGAGGUUGCGGUAGCAACCCUUACCUAUGUUUUUUCUCCAAACAGCAGCCCUAGCAUGUUAUAUGGCAAACUGCUUUUUAAACUGAGGGUUAAAAGCAGUUUGUGAUACGGAAUAGUGAAAAAGAAAAAGCAUCCAGUUCUAUUAUCCUAGUGCAAGUAUAUUGUUUAUACUCUCAUCCUCUUGCCAGAAAUAGGAUAUUUUAUUUUGGUAAAUACAUUGUGCAAGCCACAUAGAAAUAAUCGUGCAAAAGCUGCUGUAAUGCUAAUAUCACUGACGAGAUUCCAUUUUUAACAGCAUUUCAAAGAUACCUGCACAAUCUACUUUAAACUUGUUAAUAUUACAUAAGCUUGGCAGACUUGGAAGGGCCACGUUACUUUGUUCAGCUCUGCCACCUCCCACAGCUCCCUCAGUUUAGCAAUAUGUUUAACAUUCCAGUACGUACCAUACAGAAUUCUAGCUGUAGUCAUGUGAGACAGCAAAGUUUCCUUCUCAUUAGAAUUUUUGUUUUAUAAAGGUCAACAGGAAUGUUCAAAAAAGGGUAACCAAAAUGAUCAAGUGAGUGGAGCAACUCACUUUGCAGUAUUCUGGGCUUUAGAGAAAAACCAAGUAAGAGGUGGCAUGAUAGAAUUGUGUAAGAUUAUGCAUGGCGUGAAUAAAGUGGUUGGAGAAAUGCUUUUCUCCCUCUCAUAAUUGUUGAAAGAUUCAGGACAGGCAAAACAAAGUACUUAUUUAUACGGCUCAUAGUUAAACUCUGGAAUUCGUUCCCACAGCAGACAGUGCUAGCCACCAACUUGGAUGGCUUUAAAAGAGGAUUAGACAAAUUCGAAGAGGUGAAGGCUCUCAGUGGCUACUAGUCACAGUGGCUAUGUUUUGCAUCUGUGGCUGAAGGCUGUAUGCUUCUGAAUACCAGUUCCUGGAAACUGCAGGACCUCCUGUGCUCAGGUCCUGCUUACAGCUUCCCACGGGCAUCUGACUAAUGUAAGAACAGGAUAUUGGACGAGAUGGGCCAUUGGCAUGAGCAGGCAGACUUCUUAUGUUUCUGGGUCUAAGGACAAUCUAAUAUUACUCUGCCUCCAAUUCUUACUGAUGAUUUUUAAAAGCUUCCAUGGCUGAGUCAAUGAAUAUUAUAAUUUAAGUAAAAAAAAAAUCUAUAUUUGCACUCGAAACCAUCCCUUAGUUUGAUAAUAAAGGAUAUAUAUCUAAAAUGUGAAAUUGGGACACGUGUAACAUUUUUUAAAUUGACAUCGUUUCAGUAGAAUGUAUACACACUAAUUAAGAGAAAGAGUUGUAAAUGUUGAUCAUGCAAGACUUUAAAUGAGACUUUGCUUUGUUUUAGGAUAAGAAACUGUUCAAACCUCCUGUGCUGGUAUUUGUAGAAUGCAAACUGGGUGCAGAUCUCCUGAGUGAUGCUGUACAUAAAAUUACAGGCUUGCAAACAAUUUCUAUGCAUGCUGAUAAAUCACAGAUAGAAAGAACUGCCAUAUUACAGGUUUGUAGAUAUCUCUGAUGCCCAUUUUCUAAAAGAUUCCUAUUCUUAAGGCCGUAGUCCUGUACACAUUUACUUGGGAGUAAGUCCUAUUGAACUCUGCUGAAUUUACUUCUGAGUAGAUGUGUAUAGGCUUUUACUGCUGAAUUAUUUGUGCUUUCUUGCCACAUUUUUGAAACAGGUUGCAAUUUUCUGUGAAUUUCAUGAAUGCUUUGUAUAGGUUCAAUCCAUCACAAUUCUGUUCUAUGCAGCAUUCUGGAUUGCUGCACAGAUGCUGCUCUCCAACCAAAUUAAGCUGUACUUUGUAAGCAGCAAUGCCUCUCUCCAUGUGAACCUACCCAGACCCUCAGAUCAUCAUCUGAGAUCCUUCUUUGUAUUCCUCCUGUACGAGAGGUCCGGAAGGUGGCAACCUAAGAAUGGGCCUUUUCUGCAGAGGAAUGCUCUCCCUAGGGAGGUUUGGCUGGCGCCUUCAUUGUACACCUUUAGGUGCCAGGUUAAAAUGUUCCUCUUUGACUAGGCCUUUGGCUGAUUAACAUCCGAUACCCUUUUAAAUGUGGCUGUGGGAGAGGGUGGGGGGCUUAUUGGUUUGUUUUUGUUUUUUUUAUGUAUUUUGUGUUUUUUAUCUUGUAUUUCUAUGUUAUGAACCGCUCUGAGAUCUACAGAUUUUAAUAAAUAGAAUCAUAGAAUUGUAGAGUUGGGAGGGACCAUGAGGGUCAUCUAGUCCAACCCCCUGCAAUGCAGGAAUCUUUUUGUCCAACAUGGGGCUUGAAUCCACAGUCCUGAGAUUAAGAGUCUCAUGCUCUACAGACUGAGCUUUCCACAGAAGAAAUUAUUAUUAUUAUUAUUAUUAUUAUUAUUAUUAUUAUUAUUUGCUGACCCUGUUGCCAUGCUUAUUCUGGGAAUUCAUCAGUGGUCUGGGAAAAUUACUUGAUCUGAUCCACGUACAAAUUUUAGGGCAACAGCCAUAUUCCAUGAGGGUAUAUUGAAAAUAGUGGCCAGCAGGGGGAACAGGGUGCCUGGGGCUUUUAGUGUGCAGUAAUAUUUAUUAGUAAGGCUGGCUUUAGAUCAGGGGUGGGGGUCCUGCAGCCAACCAGACAAUGUUUGGCUACAUUUCCAUUAACCAUGGAGGCUGUGACUGAUGGGAGUCCAACCACAUUUGAAGAGCCACAGCUUACCCACCUAGUUUUAGAUGCAGUUUAUCAUUAAUGUUUUUAAACAUACUUGAACAUUCAGAGAAGCAGCUAGACUGACUGUGAGUUCAAGUUCAGAGUAUAUAUCUGAGAGGAGCUAGCUUUUAGUUCUAUUUAAAUACUUUUAAGUUAUUCUUCUUCCUUUUUAUUUUUUUGCUUGUUGCCCUGUUGCUCUUUUUUGUUUCCUUUUGAAAUAUUUUCGGAAUUUGGCUUCACUGUGAAUUCUGCAGCUUAAUUUCCCUUGUUGGAAAUCUUGUCUUGUAACUUUUGAUUACAAGACAAGCAACAGAAUUCUUAAUGUUUAAUAUUUAUUUCUAGUUACAUCCUGCACCUUAACAACAAGACAAUUUUAUUUUUUUUUUUUUAAAUCAUAUUUAUUAAAGUUUCCAAAAAUAUAAAAAUACAAAGAAAAAAGACAAAAGAAAAAAGAUAUUUAAAAGCCUUACUUUCAUUCCCUACUUUCUGGGACUCCCCCCCUCCCCCAAUUGUAUUCCCCUUUCCUUAAUUUGGUUCUACAAGCUCUCACUCCCAAUUUAAAAGCUUAAUUUGUUUAACCCACUAUCCAGAUUGAAUUGUACAAAUCUUACCACCGUCCCACAUCAUUAACAGAAAAAUAAAAAAAGAUUUUCCCCAAGAUCCACCCCAAUUCCUUCCACAAAUUCCCUUUUUUUUAAACAACGUCCGAUCAAAAUAAAAUAACAUGCGUAAGUUAUGUAAAGAAAUAAAAAAUAAGAGAUAUAGAAAAAUUCAAAAAUGGUUACACAGCCUUUGGAUUUCAAAUCUCCCCCUUCCCGGUUUGAAUUCCCCAUGUCCAUCAGUCUAUACAUUAUCAGCUUGGAAGUCUCAUUUCAUGACCAGAUUUCUCCCGAUUCCAUCUUGCCGGUUUUCUUUUAGUUUAUUAAUUUAAAUAAUAUUUGACUUCAAAUGUCCAAUCUAACAAAGGCCUUUAAUUUCCUUGAUCUUUACCACUCCUCCCGUUGUUCUUUCCGUGUCGUAAUCAGUCCUUUAUUCUUCUUAUUCCUCACUUUCUCAGGUUUCUUGUCCUGUUCAGCUGCUAAAACUUUCUAAUUCAGAAAUCUAGUGUCUCUGCAGAGGUUUGUUAUUCAGGAACAAAACUUACGUCCAGUCCCUUUCUUUCUUCAAUAAAAAUUCCAUUGUCUCUGUAGACAAAAUACUCUUUCAGUUUUGCAGCUUUCCCAGAAGAUAACAAAUCCUGUGCGAAUCCCAGGGUAUUUUUCCACUUACGACCGUUCUUGUAGUAUCCCGAAACCCCUCUAGGGGAUUGUAAUAACUUUGUAUCCUCUAAUCCAAAAGUCAAAUUGUUGCUUAUUUUCCAACAGUUUAUAUCCAUAUUAUAGCAAAUUGUAACAAAAUUAACCAGCAAGAUCCUCAUAAAGUCCUCUUUAUAUUCUCCAGCUUUGACAGCCACUUUGACAGCUGUCAAAGUCUCCGUCUCUCUUCACCAGGCUCCACGAAUCGCCCCGGUUCCCAGGGGGGGGGGUUGCAUUUUUCUUCUCACCCUCCACUCUUCUCCUCCAGCACAUUUCUUAUAAUUUCCCAUCGUGAAAUUAAUGAUUUUUAUCAGAGACAUACUUCCCUUUGGACCUUGGUUACCCAGUCCUUGUUUUGGAAUGCUUACAAUAGGGGGAUUGACUUCCUUUUAAAUCGCCCCGCUCGUGCCAAAUCCAAAAUUUUGAACCCGGUUUCCCAAUUACUCACGGGUUGUUGUUAAUAGUCCAAAUUUUCAAUAGAAGAAGUCAGCGCUCUCCGUCGAAUGGCAUGCGGCUGCGCUCGGCAGGAAAGCAGUGGACUCAAAGCACCACGCCACUCCCCGGCACCCGAUCCGAAGCCUUUAAAAGGCUCCUUCACGAGUCGGGAGGGCGCUAAUGGUGCAAGCCGAGUCACCCAUGUCCACGGACUCCGUGCCCGUGGUUUUUAAGGGUCCCCGCGUCGCCGGCGCGGUAGGACCCAGCCCCUGCCGAGCAGACUCCCUCCGGAGCUCGGAGGGAGUCCGCCAUUCGGCGAUGGCGCUAACCCGAAAGUCAACAACAAGACAAUUUUAAGGAAGCUGAAAUAAUGUUUCUAUAUGCUUUGCAUUAGGGAUUAUUUCAAGGCAAGUAUGAAGUUGUAGUAAGCACUGGAGUCCUGGGACGUGGACUUGACCUUGUCAACGUUAAGCUGGUCGUGAAUUUUGACAUGCCAUCAAGUAUGGAUGAAUACGUACACCAGGUAAAUAUACUUUUCUGCUGUACUAUUUAAUUUAAUAGUUAUUGGUUGUAUUUUAGCUCUAUAAGCUCUGUGAGAAGCAUACAAAAUAAUGGAAAAAUAUUUUAUUAUAAAUGGUUAACACUGCUACUCUUCAGCAGCCUCAGGUGGAAUGACUGGUUGCUCAUCAGAGUUUCCAGAAGGGCCAGAAAGUAGCAGAAUCUGCUACUUGAGAUAAGAGAGGGAGGUUUUCUUACUGUACAGAAACUAAACUUUGAUUGUAAACUUUGAUAAUAUGAGGAUUACAGCUACCUGAGGGAUUCUUUUGGUUUCAUGAGACAGAUAAUUGGGCCAAAUUUAAAUACAGUUGUUUAUUUUUAGGUUGGAAGAGCAGGUCGGCUGGGUCACAGUGGAACUGCAAUCACUUUUGUGAAUAACAGCAGCAAGAAACUUUUCUGGGAUGUUGUGAAGCGUGUUAAACCAACUGGCACUAUUCUCCCACCCCAGUUAUUAAAUUCUCCAUAUCUACAUGACCAGAAGAGGAAAGAACAGCAGCGAAGUAAACAAUCUCAGAAUGGCCUUGUAACGAGUGACAAUCUUAUGGACGUUAUUAGAAAACACAGCAAAAGCUCUUCUCAGAAGUAA